AUGGAACCCUAUGCUGGAAAUGACGAAUAUUUCAAAACUAACGAUAGAGAAACAUGGACUUACAAACAUUUUUUAAAUGAAAUAAGAGAAACAAUCAUAAGUUCGCCACCAUAUUCUGAUGACUGGAGUGGCUUAGAUGGUGCAUGGUAUAGGAGGUAUACCUAUCAUGCCAGUAAGUUAUACUUAUGGUAUAGUCCGAUCCAGAGGUUUGCCGCUGUUUCCGGCGCCCAAGAUGAAAAUGAUAAACGUCAACAAAUGAAGUCUUUUUUUCAAGACAUUCUUCUUGAACGUGAAAAGAGAAAUGCUGAGAAAAAUUAUGUAGUAGAAGGUGUAAAAGUCCUUAAUGAAGCAAGGUUUCGCAGUUCAAAUGAAGUUACCUCUGCCAUUAACAAACGAUAUCCUGAGGAUCAAGCCAGGGAAAACAAAGAUGAUGCUUCGCACAAACGUCAAUGUUGCCGAACAGAAGAUGAACCACUGCAAACUCCAGAAUAA